UUCCCUAUUGUGGGAUACGCGCAUGCGUGCUACGUCCAUCACGGGCACCCGUACAACAACACGGAAGUGAGGGGACUCUCGCUAUGCGUCGAAAUGCUGCGUUAAGCUCGUAAAUGCGCGGUAAACCGAGUGCGUAGGUUACAUUUAACACAGCAAAGAGACAAAGUUCAGUUUUUAAUGAACCUGUUUUACUUUAACGUCGGGAGUUAUGUCGUCGAAAGGCGGGAAGCCAGGCCCGGGUUUAGCUUGCUAGCUAAACUAGCUAGCCGCGCGUUCAAUGAAUGAAAUAGUGCACGGAUAGUUAUUUUAGUUAGUAAGAAAAUGUACAUCUAGUUCAUUAAUGAAUGAUAAAGUGUGUGGAUAGUUGAUAGUAUUUAGUAAUAAAAUGGUUCAGAACGUGUUCCGGACCGGAUUCCUAGUUCGGGCCGCACACACCUUGCUGACCUGGGUUAUAACUCUCAUUCUCUUCGUGCACAACACUGACUUGCGCCAAUGUGAGGAACGCGGAGAGCUGCUACUUCCGGUGCUUUUCUUCCUGCUGGUGGUGCUUUCAGUGCUCUUGUACUUUGCUGUGUCUCUCAUGGACCCGGGCUUCGUCCUCUCCGACACUGUCAAGGCUUCAGACCUGGAGACCGAGUCUAUGAUGCCUCAGACUUCCACGGCUCGUCUACGACGUUGUGGCUUCUGCCUGCUGCAGCAGCCAAUGAGAGCCAAGCACUGCCAGACCUGCAAAAAAUGCGUGCGGCGCUUCGACCACCACUGUCCGUGGAUGGAGAACUGCGUGGGCGAGAGGAACCAUCGCUGGUUCCUGCUCUACCUGCUGGUGCAGCUGCUGGCGCUGCUGUGGGCGCUGCAAGUGGCCUUGUCGGGCAUCUCAGCCGCCGCCACGUGGGAGUCCUGGUUGCGGGCCAACGGCUUCCUGCUGGCGGCGCUGUGCGUGGCGGGCGUCUUCUCGGCGGUGGUGGCGGUGCUGCUGGGCUGCCACGUCUACCUGGUGUCCAUCAACUGCACCACCUGGGAGUUCAUGUCCCGCCACAGGAUCGCCUACCUGCGGGAGCGCCAGGACCAGGACAACCCCUUCGACCGCGGCGUCCUCUGCAACCUAAGGGACUUCUUCUGCGCGUGCGGCGCCGUGGCGUGGGAGCAGGUCUACCACGGGAACACCCAGAACCCCGUCUGAGGCGCCAUGCAGGAGUCGUGGGCGGAGCUUGUCGAAGCAGGAAGCACUUCCUUGACUAGGUGAGCACGCGGGAGGAUCCAUCCCAGCUCAGCCGUGCAGAGCGCAGAAGUCAAAGUCGGCGAAGGCUCCUUGCUGCUCGUCUGACAGACUGCCUGGUCGGGAGGGCGGCGACAAAACGGGCUGCAAGCUGGUGAAGUCGCUGUCGAAGUUGCUGACGUCGGCCGACUCUUUGAUGGACGGCAGGAAAGGAGGCUUCACCUUCUUGGCCAGCAGCGCCUCCCACUCCACUUCCUGUGGGCACAGCAGGACGAGCUGCUCAGGCCACUGGUUGGCGAUGAUGACGUCAUAACGUCCACGCAUUGCUGAGUUAAAGUUAAAGUACCAAUGAUUGUCACACACACACUAGGUGUGGUGAAAUUUGUCUUCAGCGUUUGACCCAUCCCCUUAGUCCCCCCCUGGGAGGUGAGGGGAGCAGUGAGCAGCAGUGGUGGCCGCGCCCGGGAAUCAUUUUUGGUGAUUUAACUCCCAAUUCCAACCCUUGAUGCUGAGUGCCAAGCAGGGAGGUAAUGGCUCCCAUUUUUAUAGUCUUUGGUAUGACUCGGCCGGGGUUUGAACUCACGACCUACCGAUCUCAGGGCGGACACUCUAACCACAAGGCCACUGAGCUUCAUGACCAGGCCCUCAAAAAUGCGUCCAAUUUGAUGAAAUAUUCAUAAUAAUAAUAAUAGCUCACGUCCUUCCACAGGCCUUGACCCACUAACAAAACAUUCAGGAAUGUUUGCAUUCUAAAGUUAGCAAGUUUCAAGUUAUAUGAGUCUGAGGUGUGCUGCUGUUAAAUUGGCUAAAAAAAGUUGGCAUGUGUGUCACAUACCAGGUUAUAUGAGUCUGAGGUGUACAACUGCACACUUGGCUCAAAAGCUUGUUUAGAAAUGACUGGUUGGACACCGUGUAUGUUACAUGUUAGCAUAUUAGCAAAUAUUAUGGGAUGGAAUAGGAGAUGACAUCAAUACAAAUACAUUCCAAAAAAAACAACUGUAAUUUUUUGUGUUACCAAGCGUGUGUAAAAUCCAUUGGAAAGUUGUGUGUCAAACAGCCCCUUUAAGCGCCAAAAGUAUGACUAAAGUGUCAAAGAAUUAUUUACAUUUGCACUUUAAUUGUAUUGACAGUUUAGUUAGCAAACAUUCAUUUUUAAUUCACUUUAUUUUAGCACAUCAUUGUGUCAAUUUAUUUUGAUGUAGUAUUUUCUUCUGACCAGUCUGUGUUGUCCAAUGUGGUUUUUUUAAGUUAUUGUGUUGUCAAAAGUGUUUUUUAAAGUUGUGUUUUAAAGAUGUUUUUUUAAGUUGUGUUGUCCAGUGUUUGUUUUUUUUAAGUUGUGUUGUCAAACGUUUUUUUCAAAGUUGUUGUGUUGUCAAAGACAUUUUUAAAAGGUGUUAUGUUGUAAAAGACGUUUUACGUUGUGUUUAAGUGUUUUUAAAAUUGUGUAGUCAAGUGUUUUUUUUAAGUUGUGUUGUCAAAGGUUUUUUGUGAAAUGUUUUUUAAAGUUGUGUUGUUAAAUAUGUUUUUUUUUGUUGUUGUUUUGUUGUCCAAAGUGUUUUUUAGAGUUGUUGUGUUAAGUGUUUUUUUUAAGUUGUUGUGUUGUCAUGGGUUUUUUGUCAAAGAUGUUUAUUAAAGUUGUGUUGUCAAAUGUUUUUUUUUAAGUUGUGUUGUCAAAUACAUUUUUUAAGUGAAGUGUUUUAGGUUGUUGUCAUAGGUUGUUUUUUUUGUCAAAUAUGUUUAUUAAAGUUUUUGUGUUGUCAAGUAUGUUUUUAAAGUUGUUCUGCUGUCAAAGACGGGUUUUUAAAAAAGUUGUUGUGUUGUCAAAGAUGUUUUUAAAGUUGUGUUGUCAAAGAUAUUUUCUAAAGUGGUUGUAUUGUCAAAUGUGUUGUUUAAGUUUUUGUGUUAGUCUUUUGUCAAAGAUGUGUUGUAAAAUGUUUUAAAAGUUGUUGUGUUGUCAAAAGUGAUUGUUACAGUUGUUGUCAAAGGUGUUUUUUAAAGUUAUUGUGUUGUCAAAUAUGUUUUUUUUUAAAGAUGUGUUGUCAAAAGUGUUUUUUAAAGUUGUGUUGUCAAAUACAUUUUUUAACUUGUUAGUGUUUUUUUAAGUUGUUGUGUUGUCAUAGUUUUUUUUGUCAAAUAUGUUUAUUAAAGUUUUUGUGUUGUCAAGUAUGUUUUUUUAAAGUUGUUGUGCUGUCAAAUAAGUUUAAAAAAAAAGUUGUUGUGUUGUCAAAGACGUUUUUAAAGUUGUGUUGUCAAAUGUUUUUUUAAAGUUGUGUUGUCAAAUACAUUUUUUAAGUGAAGUGUUUUAGGUUGUUGUCAUAGGUUGUUUUUUUUGUCAAAUAUGUUUAUUAAAGUUGUUGUGUUGUCAAGUAUGUUUUUAAAGUUGUUCUGCUGUCAAAGACGGGUUUUUAAAAAAGUUGUUGUGUUGUCAAAGACGUUUUUAAAGUUGUGUUGUCAAAGAUAUUUUCUAAAGUGGUUGUAUUGUCAAAUGUGUUGUUUAAGUUUUUGUGUUAGUCUUUUGUCAAAGAUGUGUUGUAAAAUGUUUUAAAAGUUGUUGUGUUGUCAAAAGUGAUUGUUACAGUUGUUGUCAAAGGUGUUUUUUAAAGUUAUUGUGUUGUCAAAUAUGUUUUUUUUAAAGAUGUGUUGUCAAAAGUGUUUUUUAAAGUUGUGUUGUCAAAUACAUUUUUUAACUUGUUAGUGUUUUUUUAAGUUGUUGUGUUGUCAUAGUUUUUUUUGUCAAAUAUGUUUAUUAAAGUUUUUGUGUUGUCAAGUAUGUUUUUUUAAAGUUGUUGUGCUGUCAAAUAAGUUUAAAAAAAAAGUUGUUGUGUUGUCAAAGACGUUUUUAAAGUUGUGUUGUCAAAUGUUUUUUUAAAGUUGUGUUGUCAAAUACAUUUUUUAAGUGAAGUGUUUUAGGUUGUUGUCAUAGGUUGUUUUUUUUGUCAAAUAUGUUUAUUAAAGUUGUUGUGUUGUCAAGUAUGUUUUUAAAGUUGUUCUGCUGUCAAAGACGGGUUUUUAAAAAAGUUGUUGUGUUGUCAAAGACGUUUUUAAAGUUGUGUUGUCAAAGAUAUUUUCUAAAGUGGUUGUAUUGUCAAAUGUGUUGUUUAAGUUUUUGUGUUAGUCUUUUGUCAAAGAUGUGUUGUAAAAUGUUUUAAAAGUUGUUGUGUUGUCAAAAGUGAUUGUUACAGUUGUUGUCAAAGGUGUUUUUUAAAGUUAUUGUGUUGUCAAAUAUGUUUUUUUUUAAAGAUGUGUUGUCAAAAGUGUUUUUUAAAGUUGUGUUGUCAAAUACAUUUUUUAACUUGUUAGUGUUUUUUUAAGUUGUUGUGUUGUCAUAGUUUUUUUGUCAAAUAUGUUUAUUAAAGUUUUUGUGUUGUCAAGUAUGUUUUUUUAAAGUUGUUGUGCUGUCAAAUAAGUUUAAAAAAAAAGUUGUUGUGUUGUCAAAGACGUUUUUAAAGUUGUGUUGUCAAAUGUUUUUUUAAAGUUGUGUUGUCAAAUACAUUUUUUAAGUGAAGUGUUUUAGGUUGUUGUCAUAGGUUGUUUUUUUUGUCAAAUAUGUUUAUUAAAGUUGUUGUGUUGUCAAGUAUGUUUUUAAAGUUGUUCUGCUGUCAAAGACGGGUUUUUAAAAAAGUUGUUGUGUUGUCAAAGACGUUUUUAAAGUUGUGUUGUCAAAGAUAUUUUCUAAAGUGGUUGUAUUGUCAAAUGUGUUGUUUAAGUUUUUGUGUUAGUCUUUUGUCAAAGAUGUGUUGUAAAAUGUUUUAAAAGUUGUUGUGUUGUCAAAAGUGAUUGUUACAGUUGUUGUCAAAGGUGUUUUUUAAAGUUAUUGUGUUGUCAAAUAUGUUUUUUUUUAAAGAUGUGUUGUCAAAAGUGUUUUUUAAAGUUGUGUUGUCAAAUACAUUUUUUAACUUGUUAGUGUUUUUUUAAGUUGUUGUGUUGUCAUAGUUUUUUUUGUCAAAUAUGUUUAUUAAAGUUUUUGUGUUGUCAAGUAUGUUUUUUUAAAGUUGUUGUGCUGUCAAAUAAGUUUAAAAAAAAAGUUGUUGUGUUGUCAAAGACGUUUUUAAAGUUGUGUUGUCAAAUGUUUUUUUAAAGUUGUGUUGUCAAAUACAUUUUUUAAGUGAAGUGUUUUAGGUUGUUGUCAUAGGUUGUUUUUUUUGUCAAAUAUGUUUAUUAAAGUUGUUGUGUUGUCAAGUAUGUUUUUAAAGUUGUUCUGCUGUCAAAGACGGGUUUUUAAAAAAGUUGUUGUGUUGUCAAAGACGUUUUUAAAGUUGUGUUGUCAAAGAUAUUUUCUAAAGUGGUUGUAUUGUCAAAUGUGUUGUUUAAGUUUUUGUGUUAGUCUUUUGUCAAAGAUGUGUUGUAAAAUGUUUUAAAAGUUGUUGUGUUGUCAAAAGUGAUUGUUACAGUUGUUGUCAAAGGUGUUUUUUAAAGUUAUUGUGUUGUCAAAUAUGUUUUUUUAAAAAGAUGUGUUGUCAAGUGUUUUUUAAAGUUGUGUUGUCAAAUACAUUUUUUAACUUGUUAGUGUUUUUUUAAGUUGUUGUGUUGUCAUAGUUUUUUUGUCAAAUAUGUUUAUUAAAGUUUUUGUGUUGUCAAGUAUGUUUUUUAAAGUUGUUGUGCUGUCAAAUAAGUUUAAAAAAAAAGUUGUUGUGUUGUCAAAGACGUUUUUAAAGUUGUGUUGUUAAAGUUUUUUUUAAAAAAGUUAUUGUGUUGUCAAAGUUUUUUUGUCAGAGAUGUGUUGUAAAAUAUGUUUUGUAAAGUUGUGUCAAGUGUUUUUUUUUAAGUUGUGUUGUCGAUGAUGUUUUCUAAAGUUGUUGUGUUAAAGUUUUUUAGUCAAAGAUGUGAUGUAAAAUGUUUUUUAAGGUGUUGUGUUAUUAAAGGUGUUAAGCUACUGUGUUGUCAAACAUGUUUUGUCAAAGAUGUGUUGUAAAGUUGUUUUAAGUGUUUUGUAUUUUUAAAGUUGACGUGUUGUAAAAUAUGUUUGCAAAGUUGUUGUGUUGUCAUGUGUUUUUAAAAUGUUUGUGUUGUCAAAAUUGUUUUUUGUAAGUCUUUGUGUUGUCAAUAUGUUUUAAAGAUGUUGUAUUGUCAAAUAUGUUUUUUUAAGUUGCUGUGUUGUCAGAGGUUUUUUGUUAAAGAUGUUUAUUAAAGUUGUUUUCUUAUGUUGUGUUGUCAACUAUGUGUUAGUUGUCGUGUUAGUCUUUUAUCAAAGAUGUGUUGUAAACUCUUUUAAAUGUUGUUGUGUUGUCAAAAGUGAUUGCUACAGUUGUGUUGUCAAAGGUGUAUUUUAAGUUAUUGUCUUGUCAAAGGUUUUAGUGUGAGAUGUGUUGUGAAAUAUGUUUUGUAAAGUUGUGUUAAGUGUUUUUUUAAGUGUUGUCAAAGGUGUUUUUUUUAAAAGUUAUUGUGUUAAGAUUGUUUUUUAAAAUUGUGUAGUCAAGUGUUUUUUUAAGUUGUUGUGUUGUCAUAGUUUUUUUGUCAAAGAUUUUUAUUAAAGUUGUUGUGUUGUCAAAUAUGUUUUUUUUUAAAGUUGCUGUGUUGUCAAAAGGGCCUUUUAUGUUUUCUUAUGUUGUGUUGUCAACUAUGUGUUAGUUGUCGUGUUAGUCUUUUAUCAAAGAUGUGUUGUAAACUCUUAAAUGUUGUGUUGUCAAAAGUGAUUGCUACAGUUGUGUUGUCAAAGGUGUAUUUUAAGUUAUUGUCUUGUCAAAGGUUUUAGUGUGAGAUGUGUUGUAAAAUAUGUUUUGUAAAGUUGUGUUAAGUGUUUUUUUAAGUGUUGUCAAAUGUUUUUUUUUUAAAGUUAUUGUGUUAAGAUUGUUUUUUAAAAUUGUGUAGUCAAGUGUUUUUUUAAGUUGUUGUGUUGUCAUAGUUUUUUUGUCAAAGAUUUUUAUUAAAGUUGUUGUGUUGUCAAGUGUUUUUUAAAACUGUGUAGUCAAGUGUUUUUUAAGUUGUUGUGUUGUCAUGGGUUUUUUGUGAAAGAUGUUUAUUAAAGUUGUUGUGUUGUCAAGUGUUUUUUUUUAAGUUGUUGUGUUGUCAAAUAAUUUUUUAAAGUUGUGUUAAGUGUUUUUUUAAGUUGUUUUGUUGUCAUAGGUUUUUUGUCAAAUAUGUUUAUUAAAGUUUUUGUGUUGUCAAAUAUGUUUUUAAAGUUGUUGUGUUGUCAAAUAAUUUUUUUUAAAAGUUGUGUUGUCAAAUAUAUUUUCUAAAGUUGUUGUACUGUCAAAUGUGUUGUUUAAGUUGUGUUAAUCUUUUGUCAAAGAUGUGUUGUAAAAUGUUUUAAAAGUUGUUGUGUUGUCAAAAGUGAUUGUUACAGUUGUUUUGUCAAAGGUGUUUUUUUGUUAGAGAUGUGUUGUAAAAUAUGUUUUGUUAAG